ACACGUAUUAAUUUCUGUUAGAAAUCCCUGAUAGCUUUUUAAGUUUCAUUUUUCCAAAAAUGAAGCUACACCAAUUGAUAAAUGGGAUAUUCCGGGAAACGAAAAGUUAGCUGACGCUACUAUAAAAGCAGGCGUCUAAACCGCCAAAACUGUACAAGAUGCAAGGUCUCCUCACCAGCAGAUUGAUCAUUUAAUGAUCCAUUAUUUUUUUAUUGAUACAGCGGUCUAUCGCGAAUUGCUUAUUUCUGAAUAUAAUCCCUGACAAUGAAGAAAAUGUGACUGCGGUUUUUAAGGAUUUUGUCACAAAUCUCUGACCGUUAGUUUAGUUACUGUACAGUUAUCCAGUUUCUUGACGAAUAACUGCCUCAUGGGUUCUUAGGUGCUCAGGGACAGUAAAUAACCGACCCAGGAUAAGAAGCAAAAGCAGUUUUCUCCGUCUGUUCUUGCAGGUCGUGAUGGAGUUUCCUCAGAGCAGCGGGUCACUUAAGGAAGAGGACAAAUUUUUCAGACCCGAAUCCCAAGAAGAGGCUGCUGAUCAGUGUCCAGUUGAGGUGGAUGUGGAUAAAAACACUUUGGUUACUGAAGAUGGUGUAGAGACUUUGGGUAACAAUAUGGAGGCCUGGCAAUUAGUGGGGUUGCAGAAAUUUGAUAAUGUUCCGGAGAGAACAAGCAGCAAAGAUGGCCAAGAAGACCAAGUUCAAAUUGUGCUUGACAUGAAUGAAGAAGUGCCAGCACCACAAAGCUUGACUGUCUCCUCUAUCGAUGUAACUUCUGCAAAUGUUGGCUGGGAGAAACCGUCAGACAUGGAAGGCAUUCCACAUAAAUUCAGUGUGACUUGGCUGAGCACUGGCCAACCAAGCAAGUCCAUCACCACAGAGGAGAACCAUGUGGUGCUGUUUGACCUGAGACCCGGGAUGGAGUAUGAGGUCACUGUGUGCACGGUCUUAGAAGACAGUGAACUGGAGAGUGAUCCAGCGAGCACAACAUUCUACACAAAACUCCCCCAACCACAAGACCUUACAGUUGACAAUGUGACCUCCGACACUGUGACUCUGAGCUGGCAGAUAACAGUGGAGAUGCUGGGCCACCCAGAGCAGUAUAUGGUUACUUGGGACGUCAAAGGGAGGAAGAAACACCUCAACGUGAAAGACAGGAGUGUGACCAUAGAGAACCUCUCUCCAGGCAGAAAGCAUAUAUUCAGUGUGGUCACUAUUGGGACCGACGGCAGCCAAAGCGAGUGUGCGUUUGCUCGUGUGUGUACAGAACCAUCUCCACCUGUGAGCUUAAAGGCAGAGGAAGUGAGGAGCACUUCAGUGACACUUUGCUGGCAGAGACCGACCGGCAUGGAAGACCUCAGCUAUCAGUACAUCAUCACCUACGGUUGCAAUGGAGAGCAGCAAGAAUCAGUGGAGUUGGAAUCCAAUGCCGAUACAGUCACUCUGUGGGAUCUGAAACCUGGAACAGAGUACAGCUUUAUCAUUGGUACAGUGCUUCAGACAGGAAGCCGAAGCAGAGAAAAGUCAAUAUGCGUGUCCACAAAAACAUUACAGGGUGAGCUGAUAUAUGACCUGGGACUGGAAAGUUACUUGCAGGAAAAACUUACCCUAAGUACUGUGCUGGAGAUCACCAGUGAGACUGUAAACGAUAAACUCGUCCAGUCCGUCAAAUCUCUGCCGUGGUAUUUUCUGAGGAAGCUCAUGAUGGUAAAUGUGACUGCUAGGAGUGGGAUGUGCACGAGCAAUGAGGACACAGAGCUCCAGAGCCUGGACAGCUUUCUAGAGGAUCUGGGAGACCUUCAGGGUCAUAGCAAUAGGCUCAACCCCCUCGAUGUCAUCACAGCUCUUUUCCUGUGUUCAGAUGGUUUCCUUCAACAGGAAAUGACCUUGAAGAUGUCCAUGUGCCAGUAUGCUGUGCCUCUUCUGCUUCCCAAUUCUGACGGACACCAGUGCAUGUUGAUGCUUUGGGCUAUGAGGGACAUUGUAAAGAAGUUCAGGCCACAUUCCCUGAAGGAUCCAAAAGGAUUCAUAGAGGACAGCAUUGUGCUUUCAAAGCUGCCCAUGGUAUCUUUUGUCAGACUGGGCAGCAGUAGCUUGAGAAAGUCUCACAUCUUGAACCAAGUUCUGAGCAACCCUCAGCAGUACCAUGACACUUUUGUUCACGACAACAUGGCAUGUGGUGAUACCAAAAGGAGGAUUUCUAAUGGCCUGGUGGAAAUUAGCUGGUAUCUGCCCUGUGGGAACGAAAACAUUGACAUCUUUCCUGAGCCUGUUGCUGUAUCCAACUUGCGUGGAGACAUAAGUUCCUUUUAUACUGAAUUUUUUUUCCUGUGUCAAACGUCUGCAGCAGUCUUUGUGUUCUGCGAUGACUUUAAUCAUGGGUGUGAGAUGCUCCAUGAACAGCAUAUUAGGUCUCAGUUAUUCUUAGUCAGCAAUUCACAGGCCAGCAGCUUCAAUGUGGCGAACUUUAAAGCACAGAUAUCCAAGCUCCAGCUUCAGCCAAAGAACAUCCUCAUGAAGCGCCCAGGAAUGAAUGACGCGGAAUUUGUUAACAAGCUGCGAAUGACUGUGAGUAAGCUACUGAAGGAAAAUCCACUGAAAAUGAAUAUUGUAGACAUGUCAGCUACUGCACAUGAGUUAGGAAUCCCAGUAGAUGAAGACUGCACCCAGUGUCAAAAUGGAAAGAAGAUGGCGGAGAUGAUGACAUCAGGAAUAACUGACAUACCUGAUUUCAAGGAAAAACAACUUCCUUUGCAAGGAGAAAUCUGGAAAGAACUUACUAAACUAGAGAAGGAGCAAUGCAGGCUGACCAAAGCUGGGGAUAGAGACAUAGACCUGAGGAAGCAGCAGGUGGCUCUCGAUAUGUCUGCUGCUAUGUCACAUUUUAUUUAUGCAAUUUCAAAUUCCAGAGAGGACCGACCCUAUUUCCUCAAAUGGAUGAGGAUCAACUUGGACACCAUAUCACGUACAAACUUAUCACACCUCCGAGAGAAGUAUAAGGAAAAGUGCCUUAACUCUCCUGAAGAUAAGGAGCUCAUUGCUAAAUUGGACAGGCAGAUAUCCAGCAGCUCUUUGGGGGUUGAACACUUUCUGCGAGAGAUGGGCCAGCUGUACGAAUCUGCCAGCUCUCUUCCUGAAAACGAUCUGGCUCGACAACAGAUGGAGAAGCUGCCGCGACUGUGUGCUGAACUGCUACUGGAUGGUUUUCCACUGGAGCUAGUAGAUGGGGAUGCAUCAAACAUUCCCCUUCGGUGGGUGUCGGCUGUGAUGAAUAAUUUAAACCAUUUAACAGGCUCGAAAAGUAAGAUCAGGGUGGUGACAGUGCUGGGGGUUCAAAGCACUGGGAAGUCCACUCUGCUGAACACCAUGUUUGGAGUUCAGUUUGCUGUCAGCAGUGGCCGGUGUACGAGAGGUGCAUUCAUGCUGCUUAUCAGGGUGAAGGAGGAUUUCAGAAAGAAACUUGGAUGUGACUAUGUCAUGAUCAUUGACACAGAAGGAUUGAAAUCGCCAGAGUUGGCCCAACUAGCUGAAAGUUAUGAGCAUGAUAAUGAGCUGGCCACUCUAGUGGUAGGCCUGAGUGACAUUACAGUCAUCAACAUAGCCAUGGAGAACUCAACAGAGAUGAAAGAUAUCUUGCAGAUUGUUGUUCAUGCGUUUCUGCGCAUGAAAGAAGUGGGGAAAAAACCUUGCUGCCAGUUUGUGCACCAGAACGUGGCAGAUGUGUCAGCCCAUGACAAAAACAUCAGAGACAGGAAGCUUCUUCUGGAGCAGCUGAAUGAGAUGACCCAAACGGCAGCCAAAAUGGAAAAGAGGGGAAGCAAUAAAACAUUUACAGACAUCAUGAAAUACAACCCAGAAAAGAAUAACUGGUACAUCCCUGGACUCUGGCAUGGUAACCCUCCCAUGGCUCCGGUGAAUGCAGGCUACAGUGAGUCUGUAAGCGACUUCAAAAAAAGCCUCAUUACUUCCUUCAAUGAGUGCCGGACCCCAACACACACAUUUGCUGAAUUCGUUGAAUGGACCAAGAGUUUAUGGAACGCAGUGAAGUACGAGAAUUUCAUCUUCAGCUUUCGCAACAGCCUUGUGGCUGAUGCCUACUCUAAGCUUUGUAUAGAGUUCAACAAGUGGGAGUGGGCGUUUAGGAAGCACAUGUACUCAUGGCUGUCACAAGCUGAGACUAAAGUGUCGAACUUUGGCAAAGUACAAACUGGGACUUCGCUCACUGCUGAGGAUUUACUGAGCGAGCUGAAAACAGAGUUAGCUGAGGAGCUCACUCAGCAAGAGAAGAUCAUUUUGGACAACAUUUCUGAAUAUUAUAAAAGAAAAGAAAACCACAUUUAUUUGGUGGAGAAGUACAGAGAGGAUUUUGUGAACUCUGCCAAAACCCUGACAAGAGAGACACAGAAUUCUGUGAAAAACAAAAUAGAGGCAGCGAUGAAAAUCAAAAAGGGCAUGCUCAAGUUGGACACUGUCAGAAAGAAACACACAGACACCAUGGAGCGGAAGGUUCUAGAACUGAUUGACAGAUGCAGGGAAAUCAAAACUGAAAUGUCACCUGAACAGCUUCUGUUGGAAUUUGAAAAGAUGUGGGACGACACUGUGAAAGAGCUUUCUUUUGCAGGCCUACAGAGACGGGAUAUUAGUCAAGACAUUUUCCGUCAAUUAAGGGCAAACUUGAAUAGAAAGGGAAGUCAUGUUCAUGAAAUGCUGUCCCAGGUUUGCUUGUAUGACAGUAGUAAAGAAGCUUUUAUAGUACAAAAUGAUGAUGGUUUUUUAAAAAAAGCCUACAAACGUUUUUUUGGGGAUGAGCAGAAGCGGAAGGCACAAGAAUUGGCAGAUCAUAUCAUCUGGAAGAGUCAGGAGUUUAUUAAUGAAAAAGUGAAAAUAAAAACAGAUUACCAUGACACUUACACCACGCAGUUGUUGCGUUUAAUAGAUGACUUGCUGGAGAAGGAAAGGGAUCUGCAAACAAGCAAAUUUGAGGUCUCUGUGAAGAUACACAUCUGUGGGUUUGCAGCAAGGGAAUUCCAGGAAAUGCAUGAUUGUUUUAUUGGAGUAAAUGACCCUCGGCGAUGCUUGGAAGACUUCAAGGACCAGUACUACUCUGACUUUAAGGACCUGUGCUUCCAAAGAGACCAGUGUCAUAAGAAGGCUGAAGAGUUUGCCACCUACUGCCUUGUUCCUGCCAUCAAGGAAUAUGCUGCCAAGUCUGUAGGCCCAGAUAUUGUGGAUGAAAUGUUGACAGGAGAGAAAUCGAUGGACUUCAGCACCCGCUCCUUUUUCCAAUUCUCUGUCCUCAAAGAUCUGCUUUUGAAAAAUGAUUUUAAAUAUUUCCUUCAGUACACUCAACAGUAUGAGAAGUUUGUGAAAGACUGGAUUUUCCAGCAAAUAGUGGAGCACUUCUCAAAAAAUCACAACAGGCUUUGCAAUAUCAUGGUUGGUCACCAAACCAAGAUUAUCAAGAAGAUAAAAGAAACUGUUGGGGAUGAAACGUCUGCCAGAGGUGGAAAGAUUAGGAAUAUUUGCCAGUUCAUUCAAGACAUCUGCACAAAAUUUGGAAAGGAACUUGUCAUUCCCAAAACUGCCCUGGAUAAAUUUAUGGCCUUAAACAAUGCAGCUCCUGAGGAGUUUUCUAGAUGCCUUAUAUCCAUCAUGGAGGAAAUGGGAGAGAAGCUGAGGGCUGACAUUGAACAGCAAAUGGAUGUGGAAUCAGUACUGACAGACCUACCCUUCAAGCCUGAGAAUGAGCUGUUCAGAAGGGUGUUUGGCUGUGGAAAGCUGUGUCCAUUCUGCAAAACUCCCUGUGAGGCAGGAGGUAAGGAUCACUCAGAGCACUUUGCAUCCGUUCACCGACCUCAAGGUACUGGACAAUACAGAUCACUUCGAUCUGAAAAACUAGUCACUAAUGUGUGCUCAUCCAACGUUGCCAGUGAAAGACGAUUCCAGUGCCCAGAAACGUCAUGGAAUUUUCAUCCAUACAAAGAUUACCGGAAGUUUUUCCCUGACUGGCGCAUUCAGCCUGACACAAGCAUUGAGGCCUCAGACUACUGGAAGUAUGUCUUUGCUACAUUUAAUGAUCAGUUUGCCAAAGAAUUUGCUGCUAAACCUGCUGACGUGCCAGCAAGCUGGAAAUUAAUGCAGAAGAAUAAAGCCUUGAAAAGUCUGGAAGAAGCAUUUGGGCUGAAAAAGAAUCUGAUUUGAUAGCUGGGAAAUGGCAUCAAAGCAAAAUACAAAUAAUUAGUAACAUGCAUGGAAAAAGUUGUCCAACCACAAAAUAAAAAAGACUACCAUCUUUUUUGUACUUAUAUUGAAAAACAGAGCUCUUGCUGUGUCUAGUACAUUAUUCACCACUUUUGGGUUUGAAUUUGUUGGGUUUGAACACAGCAUUUUUUUUUUAUCUAAACAUGUAGUAAUAAUCAGAAGUUUAUUGUAAUGAGAGUUUAAGAGAAUUCUUAUGUUAGCAGCAUAAAUUUUACUGGCAUGGUGUGUGACUCUGCGAGUUUGAUCUCCGUGAUCAGAAGGUUGCCGGUUCAGAACCUGUAGUUGGUAGAGUAGUCAUCGAAAUUUGGGCCUGAAGCCCCAACUGUUCCAUGGGUGCUGGAUCAAUGCCUGACCUUGUGCUCCGACCCCCAGCUUUGCUCUUGCUUGUCUGUGUCUCAGAAGAGGAUGAUGUGAUUUACACAGACUGACAUUUCAUCGCACUUGCUCCCUGUACAGUGACUCUAAAGGCAUUCUGUUCUAAAUGUUCUUGUGUUUCCAUUUUCCUUCCUGUUUUCUCUCCAGAAAUAAUGAUCUUUUUCAAGUCAAGACAACCAUAGACAAUGAUCAUAAUGUCUGAAUAGUCCUGUUAGGUUGUUUUUGUUUGAAAUUGCACAGCUCUUGCUGUGAUACUACUCACACCUGUCAUUGAGUACUCAUUGGAAGCUCAGCCUGACUGUAUUUAAACCUAGUUGAUUCCUUUAAAUGUGUGUUUGUGAUGCACUGCCUCACUUGUACGUCAUCUGCUAAGUAAAUGUAUGUGAAUGUUUAACAGCAGUUUUUCUUUGCAUUAAUAAAAUAAUAUAAAAAAAUA